GACUCGUCUUGAGGCUACCCUGAUAUACAUCUCAGAGACGUCUAUUUGAUGUCUGCAUUUACACUUUUUUGUAUUAUUUUAAAUGUUUUCGCAUCUGCAAUACGUCUUGACGUUUGCUAAAAGAUGUCAUAGUUCAGUGGAAACAUCAGAAAUGAAAAAAACCCACACAGAGGUGUAAACCGGAAGUAUAAAGCACAUUAUGAGUAAGUGCAGAGCUCACAGAGUCGUCUUCAUCUCAUUCACUGUAGACAACAACACAACACAACAAUUGAUGAAGAAAAUGUUUCUCAUGUUUGUUUAUUUCUCUUUGUGUUUAUGCUGUCUGAUGGGUGUGUUUGGUGAUGAAGUGAAGUCAUUGUCAGUGAUGGAGGGAGAUUCUCUAACUCUACACACUUAUACUAAACUACAGGGAGAUGAUCUGAUACAGUGGUUGUUUAAAUCUAAAGAGACUCGUAUAGCUGAAUUCAACAAGGAGGCCAAUAAAGUCUCAAUAUUUGCUAAUGUUCUUAAUAGGAGAUUCAGAGACAGACUGCAGGUGAAUAAUCAGACUGGAGAUCUCACCAUCACAAACAUCACAAUUGAUGACACUGGACUUUAUCACAUGGAGAUCAUAAGCAACAAAAUAAAAAAAAACAAAUUCAAUGUUACUGUCUAUGCUCAUCUGCCCGUUCCUGUCAUCAUCACACAAAACUCUUCAUCAUCAGAAACAUCAUCAUGUGUCUUUGUGUGUUCAGUGUUGAAUGUGAGAGAUGUGAGUCUGUCCUGGUACAAAAGAAACAGUUUAUUGUCCAGCAUCAGUGUGUCUGAUCUCAACAUCAUCAGCAUCUCUCUUCAUCUGAAGUGUCUGGAUGAUUCUUACAGCUGUGUGGUGAACAAUCCCAUCAGUAAUCAGACUCAACAUCUCAACAUCACUCAUCUCUGUCAGACGUGUUCAGAUACAACAGGUCUCACCUUUAUUCAUAUAGUUCUGAUCUGUUGUGCUGUUGUUGGAUGUCUGAUGAUUGUCGCUUCAGUUCUGAUCUCCUGCAUUUGCAGGAAACACAGAAACACACAGAAACAGGUUCAGACCGGUGAAGAGAAAAUCACUUACAUAGAAACAACUUUCCAUAAAAGACCAUAAAGUUCCAGUGGAGGAUGAUGUGGUUUGUGCAGAAGUCAUGAGACGAUGAUCAAACUCAGUUUAAACAUUAAGAUACUGAACUGUAAAAUAUUAUCCAAAAAAAACACUACUACAAAAUUUGAAAGUAUUUCCUAAAUUUUAUUUGUGUACUGAAUGUAUGUGAUAGUUUAACAGCUUUACUUCUGGGUAAGAGUGAAUGCUGGUGUGGAAAGAAAUGUGGUUUUGUUCCAUUGCUAGACACGAGAUACGAGUCUGUGUUUGAGGUGUAUCUGAGAAUAUGUGAGACGUGUGAACUGUGUGUGUAGUGCGUGUGUGUGAGAGAAAGAGAUCAAAUGAAGAUCAAAUGAAGAUGUAACUGGGGGAAGACAGACACCUAUCAGCUGAUGCUAAAUUCAUUUAUCAGAUACACACCAUCAGAAAUAAACUACAGCCCUGAUCUUGUACUGUACUUUUAUUCUACCUCUCAUCUGCCUACGUAAAUGUAAAUUUGUAUACUUCAAAUGUUUAUAUUUCAAAGUCUAUUUUAUAUUGUAAAUAUCCUUUGACUUUAUUUUAUUUGACUUUAUUUGCAGUAGUACUUCAUCCAUCACCCAGCACCUAAUUCCUAAUUUCCUUAAUGUUCGUUACUAUUGUGUUAUUAUAUGUUUUUUUUUUUUUAUGAAAAAUGCUUUGGUAAUAUUGUAAGUGACACAAUCGUGCCA